GUAAAGUAGCGUGGUUCACGUUUCUAUGAAAAAGACAAAAGUUGUUAUUUUCGAGCGCCUCAACCGGAAUUCCGUUCUACUAUGUCCCCAAAAGCACUCCUGAAAUUUUGAGCCGAUUUGGUUGGAUUUAGUAGUUCCACCAUCGAUCUAAAGUUUGUGUGGUUUUUGAGAAAAUUACUGUGGAAAAUGAGCAAUUUCUAUAUCGUAACAGAAAAAAAUGCACAUUUUUUUUUCAAAUGGCUUCAUUCUCGAGAUUCAUAUAGAUAUUGGUCUGGGGAAUAACUUUGUAGAACAUUGCGAAACGCUGCGAAUUAAUCCUAAAAAGAUACUAGUACCUUUAGAUAACCCAUUUUGGAGGGGCUUCAUGGUGUGGGUUAAAACGGGCCCUUUCUCGUUUGUUGCUUUUUCAUCGAUGGUGCUUUGACUUCUUUAAUCAAUGUUUAUGAAAGUUAUUUUUAGAACCAAUGCGAAAUUUUAUUUCAAAACAACCAACGAUUGGUUUGGCCUGCGGUGUUCAUUCUUUUCGAAGCGGUGUUGUUCCAGGUCGUCAGAAUGUUCACGAGACGGUGUGGCCACCGGGGAUGUUCCAGGUCGUUAGUUCUCAGGACGAUGUGGCCUCCGAGGUUGACGGAAAGCUUAAAAGACGGUUCGGCCACCGGUGUUGUUGUAGGUCUUUAAAAAGUGUUGUUCCAGGUCGUCAGAAUGUUCACGAGACGGUGUGGCCACCGGGGAAGUUCCAGGUCGUUAGUUCUCAGGACGAUGUGGCCUCCGAGGUUGACGGAAAGCUUAAAAGACGGUUUGGCCACCGGUGUUGUUGUAGGUCUUUAAAAAGUGUUGUUUCAGGUCGUCAGAAUGUUCACGAGACGGUGUGGCCACCGGGGAUGUUCCAGGUCGUUAGUUCUCAGGACGAUGUGGCCUCCGAGGUUGACGGAAAGCUUAAAAGACGGUUCGGCCACCGGUGUUGUUGUAGGUCUUUAAAAAGUGUUGUUUCAGGUCGUCAGAAUGUUCACGAGACGGUGUGGCCACCGGGGAUGUUCCAGGUCGUUAGUUCUCAGGACGAUGUGGCCUCCGAGGUUGACGGAAAGCUUACAAGACGGUUCGGCCAAUGUUGAUUUUCUAAGUCGUCGAAAUGUUCUUAAGACGAUGUGGCCACCGGUGAUGUUUCUGGUAUUGUUGUUUCUUAUAGUUAAUAGGACGGUUUGAUGUUGUAGGUUAGUUAAGGGACUAUAUGGUCACGGAAUUUUGUAUAAAUCUUUGGACUGUGUGGCCAUCGGUGCUGUUACAUGUCUGUAGUUCAUGGGACCAUAAGAAAAAGUCUGCUGAAAAGUGUUCCUCCGUUGCACAGCAACCUAAUUGUUGUAACGUAGUAACUUGGAAUUGUUUGGAAUUGAUUUCAUUUCAAAAUUCCAUCGUCCUCUGUCCAGUAUAGAAGUAAAAUGGUCAAGACACGCAAGGAGGCGUCCGUUUCGCUGGUCGGAACUACCGACCCGGAAUCGUUGGUUCAACAGGUUAAGCUGCCGACGGUGGGGUGCGUUAUGAAAAGAUUUUUUUUUUUGUUAAGCUCGUUGAACUCCGUGGUGUUUGCUAUAAAUAAAACGACGUCCGAGCUUCUACAAGUAUGGCAAAAAACCACUAUUAUUUGCCAGAUGCACAAGAACGUGGCCAGGACCAUACGGAAUCUGCUUGCAGAGCUAAAAAUGGCGCAAAAAGACUCUUAUCGCGACACCGAAAGGAAGAGGAAGUGGAGAAUAAGGAUGGAUCAAUUGCUGGAUGUAUCCCUGAAAAAAGUUAUCAUUGAAGACCCGAAAGUUGCAGAAUUUUUAGAAGAUCAGAGAAAGGAGCGAAAUUUUUCUUUAUCAAGUAUUAACGAGCCACAGCUGUACAAGAGAACUAAGAACGAACAUAAGCACGCAGAAGAAGAAGAAGAACAAGAAGCUACAGAUGUUGAACAUGAUUUCAAGCCACCACCACCAAAAAAGAUCAAAAAAAUGCAACAAAGAAAGAGCGAACCAUCCAAACCGGAAAUUAUAACGGAGGACGUUGCUGAAGCUUUGGAUCGAGCAAAACUUUCCGAUAGACAGGCAUUAAAGAUCAUUUUACCGGUUAUGGACGCUAUGGGCCAAGAUCCUGCCGACGUACCAAUUUCAAGAUCAACAAUUAGCCGGAAGCGGAAACAUGCGCGAAAAGCCAUCGCCCAAAAAAUUCGAAAGGAGUUUAUUCCGGCUGACCCGAUGGUAGUCCAUUUUGACGGGAAAUUGUUGGAAAAUCCGAACGGGUCCGGAAAAGUUGAGCGAUUACCGACACUAGUGUCUUGGGACGGAUCCGAGAAAUUACUCGGCACUCCAGCACUCGUCAAAGGCACAGGCGAAGAAGGAGGCAAAUCAGUUUACGGAUUGCUGCGUAAGUGGAAGUGCGAUAAAUUUAUCCAAGGAUUGUGUUUUGAUACAACUAGUGUAAACACAGGACGAACUAACGGAGUAUGUGCCAAUCUUGAAAAAUUGCUAGGACGAGAGCUACUCUGGCUAGCUUGUCGGCAUCAUGUGUUAGAAUUGCUGCUAUCUAAGGCCUUUUGCAUCUGUUUUGGACCCACAACAUCGCCGGAAACUAACCUUUUCAAGGUAUUCAAAGAAAACUGGCCUCUGUUUAAGAAGAAUUCACCGAAACCUAUGCGAAUCAAAAAACAUCAUCAAACUUUUCGAGAUUCCACGGUGCGAACUCUUAAGUCCAUCCGAGAAUGGCCGAGGGAUGAUUAUCGCGAGUUGUUUGAUCUAACUUUGUUUGCUUUGGGGGAAAAGCCGCACGAUUUUUCUUGGAAAGCGCCGGGAGCGGUGCACCACGCGCGAUGGAUGAGCAAAUUGAUUUAUGCCACAAAAAUAUUCUUGCUUCGAAAAGAAGGACAUUUGAUUGGACUAAAGAAAGAAGAUGAGAAAAAAAUCGAGCGGUUUGUUCUGUUUGGUUCGCUCAUCUACACAGCAGCUUGGGCAGAAGCACCACUGGCGACGGAAGCAGCCAUCAACGAUCUGAUGCUGUGGAAGAACCUUCAGUUAUUCAAAAAGACUGAUUCCGAAAUCGGUGACGCCGUAAGCAAGGUACUUGAAAGACACCUCUGGUACUUAUCGGAGGAUCUGCUCGGCAUGUCUCUGUUUUCUGUAAAGCUCUCACAUCGCGAAAAAGACGAAAUUGUCAGGGCCAUGAAGGCGAAAACCGCCAGCGCCGAACGAUCUGUAACCGGCAACAAAAGUGUUAUAAACACCAAGAACCCAUCUUUGGCCGACUUUGCAACCCAGAGAUCUUUGUUGUUUUUUACCAAGAUGGAGAUAGAAGCAUCAUUUAUGGAAAGCCCAUCAGCGACAUGGCAGCAAAAUUUGAACUUCCAGAAUGGCGAAAAACGUGUGAAACAACUGAUGAUCGUUAAUGACCUGGCUGAGAGGGGCGUCAAAUUGUGUGAAGAAUACUGCAAAAUUUUAACCAAAGAUGACGAAGAGAGAGAGUUCAUUAUGCAAGUUGUUGAGAAAAAUCGAAAGUCCAUCAGCACAGAUUGCACAAAAAAGGAACUCAUGCUUGCAUUGAAGAGUGCAUGAUUUAUUACCUAAUCUUUAAUUGUUGACCUGUUAAUUGUUGAAGUUUGCGUUCAGUUAUUGAAUUAAAUCAUUAAAAAUGUUACGAAAAUAAUCAAAACAACACAAAAAAAAGUCUUUACUUCUACAAUGAUAAUAGUCCUAAACUCUAUCCGAAAGUCUUGAUCUCAUCUACACCCUCCCAGAGCAUUUCAACCGGUGGUCCUAUCGUCCCAUGCACUAACACACUUGACACAACACAAAACCGUUCCAUAAACAUUCCGACGACCUAGAGUAACUCCGGUGACGGUCCUGAGAACUAACGACCUGGAACAUCCCCGGUGGCCACACCGUCUCGUGAACAUUCUGACGACCUGAAACAACACUUUUUAAAGACCUACAACAACACCGGUGGCCGAACCGUCUUUUAAGCUUUCCGUCAACCUCGGAGGCCACAUCGUCCUGAGAACUAACGACCUGGAACAUCCCCGGUGGCCACACCGUCUCGUGAACAUUCUGACGACCUGGAACAACACUUUUUAAAGACCUACAACAACACCGGUGGCCAAACCGUCUUUUAAGCUUUCCGUCAACCUCGGAGGCCACAUCGUCCUGAGAACUAACGACCUGGAACUUCCCCGGUGGCCACACCGUCUCGUGAACAUUCUGACGACCUGGAACAACACUUUUUAAAGACCUACAACAACACCGGUGGCCGAACCGUCUUUUAAGCUUUCCGUCAACCUCGGAGGCCACAUCGUCCUGAGAACUAACGACCUGGAACAUCCCCGGUGGCCACACCGUCUCGUGAACAUUCUGACGACCUGGAACAACACCGCUUCGAAAAGAAUGAACACCGCAGGCCAAACCAAUCGUUGGUUGUUUUGAAAUAAAAUUUCGCAUUGGUUCUAAAAAUAACUUUCAUAAACAUUGAUUAAAGAAGUCAAAGCACCAUCGAUGAAAAAGCAACAAACGAGAAAGGGCCCGUUUUAACCCACACCAUGAAGCCCCUCCAAAAUGGGUUAUCUAAAGGUACUAGUAUCUUUUUAGGAUUAAUUCGCAGCGUUUCGCAAUGUUCUACAAAGUUAUUCCCCAGACCAAUAUCUAUAUGAAUCUCGAGAAUGAAGCCAUUUGAAAAAAAAAUGUGCAUUUUUUUCUGUUACGAUAUAGAAAUUGCUCAUUUUCCACAGUAAUUUUCUCAAAAACCACACAAACUUUAGAUCGAUGGUGGAACUACUAAAUCCAACCAAAUCGGCUCAAAAUUUCAGGAGUGCUUUUGGGGACAUAGUAGAACGGAAUUCCGGUUGAGGCGCUCGAAAAUAACAACUUUUGUCUUUUUCAUAGAAACGUGAACCACGCU